AUGGCCAUGGAUAGCCGGCCGGGAUGCAUGAUGCAUGGGCAUGUGGUGAUGGUAGCCGAGGAGGAGCUCGCGUACCCAUCUUCUUUCUCCAGAAAAAACGAAAAACAAACACACCACCACGCAGAUAGCACCUACGGGCGCAUCAUCCUCCUGAAACACAAAGAACGAAGUCCGGAGAGAGACCUCACCGGCAACACAUCAACUCCAGCUGGAAGCACCGCCGCCUCUCCUUGCAGCAUCUCCGCGUCGUCCUUGCAGCACCACCUCCCACCUAUAGAAGCGCAAUCGUCUGUCCAUGGCAGCAAUACCGCCCCAGCUGGCCGCAACACAGCCCGCGCCUGCAACACCGUCACCCCCUCCGAUAGCAUCGGUGGCGCUCACUUGCAGCAGCCGCUACCGGCCUUUGCAGCUUCGGGACUCUCAGGGAGUCGGCGAGAACGCGUACCUCGCCGAAAAGUACUGUGCGAGUGGCAUCGGUCGGUCGACGUCGGGCCUAAGCCAACAUGCAAGCAAUGUCACCCUAUAACAUGGAUCGUGACGGGGACCGUGACGACGACGGCCCGUGGCACGCACGUGUUCGACAUCGGCGGCUUCAACAGCCUGACGAAGCACUACUGCGGCGUCGACGGCUUCGUCUACUCGCCGAACUUCACCGUCGACGGGCUCGACUGGGCCAUCCGCUACUACCCCGACGGCGACCACAAGGUAGACCAGGGCUACGCGUCCGUUUUCGUGGAGCUCAUGACCAAGGACGCCGCGGCGUGGGCGCGCGUCAGCUUCGGGCUGAUCGACGGGAUCACCGGCGAGGUGGUCCCCUUGUACCACUCCAAGGACUCCAACCUGUUCGACUCUUCCUACGACGAGACUUGCAACUGGGGCACCGGCGAGCUCGUCACGAGGAUCCCGCACCUCCAAGCCGGGUCGCAGUACGUCCUCGGCAACCACCUCAGGAUCGACUGCGCCAUCCACGUCUGUCGCGACCACCUCACCUUCCGCGACGACCCCAGUGCGGCGCUCACCCACUGCUCCGAGGAGGAACCGACGGACGUGACUCUGGACGUCGCAGGAGUGAGCUUCGCCGCCCACGCGUCCGUCCUCCAUGCCCGGGCACCUGCCAUGAUGAAGCACCACAGCUACACGACGACGGUAAGCCACGGGAAGCUGCGGGUAUCCGUUGACGACAUACCGCCGGCGUCGUUCAAGGCGCUGCUCCACUUCGCCUACACGGACUCGCUGCCCGUCGUGAGUGGCCUCAACGGCGCCGGUCACAAGGAGAUGCUCCGGUGCCUGCUCAUCGCCGCCCAGCGGUAUGGCAUGGAGAGGCUCAAGGCGAUCUGCGAGCGCGUCCUCAGCAAUAGCAUCGACGUCCACACCGUGGCUGCUACCUUAGCCAUGGCCGAACAGCAUGGAUUCAGCAAGUUGAGAGAAGCUUGUGUGGAGUUCAAUUCAUUCAUUCACAAUUCCAGCGUGGACGAUUUGUUUCAUGGAGCAUGGACGAUUGGACGUGAAGCUUACCUGCGGGACAUGCAAGUGCAGGUUAAGGCGCCGCUGACGUUCAUGGCUCAUCUGCCCCGCCACCGCAACAGACAGCAUCGACCCUGUCUCCCUCACCGUUGUGGAAGUGCUUGUGGCAGGUUGAGGCUCCACGGUUGCACGCAACAAACGAUGAUGCGGCGCCAGUGUUCAAGGCUGAUGACCUGGUCGAGGAGCAUUAGCCUGGAGAAGAAAGCAAGCCGGAUAAAGCGCUCCGGGCUGCUGCAGGGUGCGACUGCAUGUGGUCCGCAGCGUUGA